AUGGAUGCGGGUGUGCUCCGGGUGUGCUCCGGGUUCACAAAGAAGCGAGGGAAAGGGCCAUCGACCACAAAACAAGGGUUCUCUUUCCUCUCGUCUCUGCUCGCUGAUAUGGGUGGAUGUUGCGCAAAAGCCGUUGCCCCGGAUGGGUCCUACAAGUUGAUUCGGAUAUCGAACUUCAUUAUCGGAAAAGGCCUUGGCAAGGGGGCCUUUGGUCGAGUGUGCAUUAUCGAGCACAAGUCCACAAAAACUCGCUAUGCACUCAAGUACAUCAGCAAGGAAAAGUGCAUAGCAGAGCGUGCUCUCAACCAUGUUCUGCAAGAGCGUAGCUUGCUCGAGGAAGUCCAUCAUCCUUUCAUCUGUAACAUGCGCUAUUCCUUCCAAGAUGAGUUCAAUCUGUAUAUGAUUCUGGAUUUGAUGCCCGGUGGAGAUCUGCGUGCCUAUCUAAAGCGGCCGUUGGCGGAGGAUGUCACACGCUCAAUAAUUGCUGAAAUCGCCUCGGCGAUUGAGUAUCUGCAUGGGCAAGGCAUCAUCCACAGAGAUAUCAAGCCCGAUAACAUUUUGCUCGACGAGAAAGGACAUGCCUAUCUGUCGGAUUUCAACAUAGCCGUACGAUACACGCCGAUAAAACUUCUCAAAUCAGUGGCCGGUACAGAGCCGUAUAUGGCCCCUGAGCUGCUUUUGGGCGGCGGAUACUCUGGAAGCAUCGACUGGUGGUCGCUCGGGGUCGUCAUGUUCGAAAUGAUUUUCGUCGAGCGGCCCUUCCGCGGGAAACACAAACGUGACCUGAUCAAAAAAGGAGAGUGGAUCUUUCCAGCGAUUCCCAAUAACCAUUACACCAGCGCCGAUCCACCAUCAAGCUCGUGUCAACAGGCGAUCAAAGGUUUCAUGGAAAUGGAUGUCAACAAACGAUUUGGAGUGGGUCUCGAUGGCCUCCAAGCGAUGAAACAAAGCUCAUUUUUCUCCUCGGUGGCCUGGGAUCGACUGCACCUCAAAGAGCAUCCGGCACCGUUUGUCCCGCCAGCAAAUAAUGUAUUUUUAGAGAAUCCAAGUGCCCCCUCUCCAGAACUCGAGCAUCUUCGUCCCAAGGCAAACGGUACCAAGAAACCCGAGGCCCCGAAUGUAAUUGCUGAUCUGAACACGAUGCAGCGAAAGUUUCUGUACUAUGACGACUCUCUUCCAAAGCGACUCGACAUGAGCAUGCCGUCCAUGACCAACAUUGAUAACGAACGACAAAACUCAUAUUCGACCUUGGACAUUCCGCCGGACGGAACAGCAAGCCUUUCUGGCGCAGCCCGUGUAUCCUCGAUAUUUGGUGUCAGUUCUGUUCGAACAACCUUUCGAGGUCGAUUCUUUGAGGAAGAGGCUUCUGCACGAAGUCUAUCCCGCACAAACAGCCUCUCUCGCGCAAACUGCGGUAGGAUAUAGUUCGAGAAAAUGUAUUUUGUGCGUCCGAGGCUCGUCUGGGCUACAUCUCCUUCGAGAAAAAGUGAUAAACUGCUCUAUGUGUUCAUCGACGUGGAUUGGUGCAAUGAGCCCAUGGCCUCCUGUUGCCGAGGAAAUAGCCCUGUUGGACGCAG